GCUAAAUAUGGCCGCAAGUAUAAGAACUCAGAAGAAGAAAAUUACCGAAGGAGUGUGUUCCAGACAAAUCUUCAGCACAUCAUAGAGUUUUUGAAGGGGAACUCUACCCACAACGUGGCGAUGAACGAGUUUGGUGACAUGACGAAUGCAGAAUUCAACAAAAGGAUGAACGGAUACGUACCUUCGUCGUCCCGAGAAGCCAACACAGCAUUCAUCCCCCAGACAAGGGUCCUGCCAGCUGCUGUGGAUUGGCGCACCAGCGGCUACGUCACUCCUGUCAAGAACCAGUUACAAUGUGGCUCUUGUUGGGCGUUUUCUGCGACCGGCUCUUUGGAGGGUCAGCAAUUCCGUAAAACCGGUAAACUGGUGAGACUCUCCGAGCAGCAGCUGGUCGACUGCGCCGGCGGUGUUUACCAAAACCAGGGAUGUUACGGUGGAUCGAUGAAUUAUGCUUUUAACUACAUCAAGGCUUAUGGGUCUGACAGUGAAGCCUUCUACCCUUACGUGGGUGUGCAAUGGAUUUGCAAAUUCUCAGCCAGCAACAUCUCCGCCACGUUAACUAACUACGUCACCGUAACUUCACAAAGUGAGAGUGCUCUGUUGACAGCCUUAGCUACCGUUGGUCCCAUCUCUGUGGCCAUCGAUGCAUCCCACUUUUCAUUCCAGUUCUAUAGCAGUGGUGAGCUCACACUUGUAUAUAUGCAAAGGGAGGGUCCAUUAAAACAAGUGCAUAAAUUAGAGGUAGUUGAGGAAGAGAUAACGGAAAAGUCUCAGGAAAUUGAUAAAUCAAUGGCAAACAAAAGUCGAAAGACUUGA